AUGGAUUUCCUCGGCGCUCUGGGCCGCGACUGCACUGCGGAGAGCGAUCCCGCUCCCCGUCCGCGUCCUCCUGCACGCCCUGCCGCGAGCGUACCUGUUGCUCCACCGGCGUCCGCUGAUCAGAUCCGCCGCCGCUUCGAGGACCAGCAGCGCGAGCUGGUUCGGCGCGCGGGCAGGUCCUUGUCACCGCCGGAGCCCCUGCGCGCGGGGUCCGUCUUGCGUUCCGGCGCAGAGGCUGUGGUGCACCAGGAGCGUUCGCCUCGCCGUCGCUCAUCGGUAGCUCGCGACGAUAAGCGGGAGAGCCGCCGCGAUGAUCGUCACGCGGUCGCCUGCCCGCCAGACGUCUGGGCGUCGGCCCCUAGCUCCGCGUUCGCCCCUCCUGCAAAGCACCAGCGGCUCUACUCCCCACGUCGCGGGGACCGUUUUCCUGGCCGCCAGCGUCAGCAGGGCCCAUCUCGCCCGCAUUCGCCUGUGCGCUCGAGCGCAAGUGGGCGUGCGCGUCGUGGGCGACGGGGGGGUGACAGUCGCGGCGGAAAAGCGGGUCAAGCGCCGUCCGCAAUGGAGCGCCGUCUUCUGGGUAGGCUUGAUGACGUGGAGAAGGAGCUUUGUCGCUCGCGUGCUGGGUCGGCGUCACCAUCAGCUCCUCGCGCUGCUCCCGUCGUCCCUCUCUCCGCGCUCCUGCCCCACAAUCCCUUUGGAUCCCCGGCGCGUUCGGAGCGGCCGCUGCCUGCGGGGACGGGCUUCGUAGGUGCUGGUGGCGGGCCGCCAUGGGCUCAGUUUGCUCUGCCGCGUCCUCUUCCUGCUCCGUGUGAUCUCGCCGUGUCGUCUCACCAUGCCCGCACGUAUGCGUUGCUUCCGCCGAUGAAGGAAGUUCCCACGGCGACCCUGGCCCGCCUAUGGUCGCUGGAAGCGUCCCUGCAGGGCCUUGAGCGGAUUCUCCAGGAGUCAUUUGACUCCAUGCCGGUGAGCCCUCCGAGCAGGUUCUCUCAGAAACCGCGAGCAGAUUGUCAUGUGGCGGCGUCAGCGUUAUUCGCGCUCGUAAUGCCACUGCAGGUAGCGCCCUCGCCGGGAGCAACCUCGGCCAGCCAGCUGGCUGACUCGGCCCUGGCUCUGAGGACGCUUGUAGCAGGCCCUGGUACUCCUGUUGACGUUGUAGGCGCCACCGUGUCUGUGGUCCGCCAGUUGUGGUUGAACACGAGCGGAAUGCUCGCUGCGGUAGAGGCGGACCGCAUGUAG